UGAUCUCCGAAGAGCCCCGCCUCCUGCGCCUGCGCAUUGGUCCACUUCCAUCCGUUCCAUCCCUCGGCGCGCAGGCCCAGCGGUAGCGGCGUGGUAAGCCGUCCUCCGACGCUCCUACGGCGGGUAGGGGCUAUACUGUAGCCCGAUGGAAGCCCGACCUGCAGGCCUCACUGGCAGCAGAGUCACAGCCGCCUCAGCAGCGGACUGAACACCGGAGCUGCUGUUGCUUUAUCGCAUUUUCCAUCGCAAAAACUCUCCCGAUCUGAAUGGGAAUGCGGACCUGAACGACAUUUAUCCCCACAGAUACGAUCCAGCUGCUGCUCCGAAUAAACAGAAAUACGCGGAACCGAGAACCCGUAGUUCUGAAUGGUCGGCUCAGGCUGCUUUUCCUCACUCUCUUCCUGUGCUGACAGUAGCUGGUUCCUGCAGAAUAAUUCUGAAGGACUUGGAGAUACUGCUUCAGGUCAGUGAAACAUUGUUUAAAUGAAGUGUGAAAACCUGGUCUACCUAUGACCCAUUUCCUCCGAACCAGCACCAAACACAGCAUCCAUACAUCUCCCUGGAGUCUUGUGUUACUUGGUGGUUUAUCCCAGAUGAAGCUGUUUUGGGUCACAGUUUGGACUCCAUGCAGCGGUUCUCAGCUGGACGUGCCUCGCUGGGAGCUGCUCCCGUCUGUACAUUCAUGUCGAUUCUAGGGAGGCCUGUUCUGUUUUUGUUUGGCCAGAACCAUCACACUGGGCCCCACAUCAUACUGUUUGCAGAUGAUUCUGUCAUUGUGACGCUUCUAACAAGUGGAAACAAGGAACAUGGCCUGGUAGUUAAUGGCUUUAAAACGAUGCAAAGAUCCUUUAAAACGUAAAUAAAGAAAUGUGCCCCGGCUGGAUCACCUCAGCAAGGAUCAUCAACCAAACAGUGGAGCUGGUGCCACGUUAUAAAGACCUGGGAGUACUUAGUGAUGAUAAGUGAGCUUGGGCCCUCAGGUCAGUUUCAGUCAGGAAUACGAACAGCUUGCAUCCGUCUGUCUGACCUCUAGAAAGCUAAGAUUAUUAUACCUGACCGUGGCCAUCCACUGUGGGCUGGAUGGAGAUCUAGAAGUCCACUCUGUAAACCCCACAGACUGAGGAGAUCCUUCACUGCUGCUGCUGUCAGACUCAUCGAGUCCAGCAUGGGAGGACUGCUGUAGAUGAGCCGGUGCUGGUCGGGGAACUAGGAGGAAGACUAGCUCUUUGUUGGUUCCUGACGAUGAAGGCCCUGCAGCUGAGGUUCACCCAGCAGAUAUCACACAGCUCUGCUUUGACUCAUCAGAAAGACCUGGAAGACUUGUUUAGUUAUUUCUUCAAACUGUCAGGUUAUUUUUAAAUUCAUGCAAAGAUGGAAAAGAUUCCAUGUUGGUGAAUUGAGACCUGAGCUUUGAGCCAUUCUAGCAUCAUGAUAAGCUACAUGAACCUGGACAGAUGUUGAGGAGGAUUUAAAUACAGUGAAACAUAUAAGGAGGCUGUUUGGGUUUCCAGAGCUUAGAAGGUUCUGGAUUCUUUCACAUUUCUGUGUUGAAUAAGCUUGGAGUUAUAGCAGGAAUAACUUUAUUACAAGGAUCUGGACCCAAACUCCUGUCCCGGUUCCUUCCAUCCAACCAUUCAAGCUCCUGCAGCAGGAGGUCCAACAGAGACAUGUCUGUGGGCGGAGGGCUGAGGAAGAGGAGGAGCAGGGAAGCUCCUGCCUCCUUCCAGGCCCUCUUCAACAACUUCCACAACACUUCAAGCAAACUUAACUCAAAGUUUCCGUGAAAUAAAAAGUGCGAAGCUUAGCGAGAUAAAAACACGCAGUGGAUCCCCGCGGGGCUGAGGGCGCCGCGGAAGGAAGGACGGCGGCAUGUCGGGGAGAUCCGGAGCCGUCUGGAUGUGACUGCUAGUUGGUUUUAAGGAGGAUGGAGGGAGAAAAAGAGACAGCAGAGGAGAAGGAGCAUCUUCCUCACAUCUCAGUGGACCACCAAGAGCUUCCCAUCAUGCACUGGGAGGAGCUGAGCCAGCGGAUCGCUGAGCUGGAGAAGCAGGAGCAGGAGAGGAGGGAGAAGAGGAGGAUGGGGGUGAGGACAGAAGACAGAGAGGAGGGAGACUGGAGGGAAGUCUGGGAGGAAGAUGAGGAUGAUGUCAGGAGGGGUCGAGUUGCUGUUGCUGCUUCACGACUGAACAACCAUAAGAACCUGCAGCUCUGCUUCAUCAACAACAGUGACAGUGAGGAGGAGGAGGACGAAGGAGCUGAUAGAAAGGUUCCCGUAGGACCAGGACACAAUGGUUGUUAUGGUUCUGGAUUGAAACAGGAAGUGGCUGCAGCUUUGAGAGCGCUGAGAGACAAUCUGCUGGCUGAACAGAAGGAGCUGGAGGAGAACCAAGCCGGCUGCAGCUGCGUUGUCCAGUGGAAACAUCUGGAAAGCUGGGAGCUGCAGGGUCGCUCAAUGCAGCAGCUCAGCAGUCUGAGGGCGUCGCUGCAGCAGGAAGUUCACGCUCUGAGCUCUGAACUCGUGGCCAACCUGUUGGUACGAGACCAGCUGAGGACCAAGCAGGACGCCAUGCUGCUGGACGUUGGGGACCUGACUUGACUCCCAGGGCUGGGCUCCAGAGCGAGCCUGUUUUCGGGUCGGGAUGCUGCUCCCUGUCUGCACGGGGAAAAAGCAAACGGAUGAAAGUCCAACAAAGACAAGAGGAAAGUGGAUGGAAGCUCAGUGAGGUCUGCAGGAACAUGAAGGACAGAACCAUGACCUGGUCUUUGUCUUCAUGGUCCACCUCCUCUGGUUUUAACCUGUUUAACCACUUUUCAUCCGGCUCUACCUUAAUGAGGUUCUGCUGACUCUGACAUCAGGCUUCCUGCAGCUUCUCAGGAGCAUCCAGGGAACAGAGGAAUGUUUUAUCAGACAAUGGGCUGAUGUAGGUGUUGGAGAUGCUGCAGAAGAUGUUUCUAAACUCUGAUUAUUUCCAUCUGUGUAAAAAGGGAACAUCUCACACGUCCAGCAGGUAGAGAAGCGGAUUUCACUGAAACACGCUUCAUCAUAUUUAGCUAAAAAGAAUGUUUGAUUUAAAUCAAUAAGUAAAAGUUUUAUUCGAAAAUGUUAAAGAAAGUAAAGUUUUGUUUUCUAAUCUCAAACUUCAGGUUUUUGUUUAGUACAAAUCAAAGCAUCCGACUCUGAUGGAAAAUAUUUAAAGAUUUAUUCAUAUUUAGAUUUAUUUAUGUUAAAAUCAGUUAACAGCAAAGUUUUAUAUGUUCUUCUAACAACCUGUUGAUAUUCACAUAUUUAGAUAGACAGAAUAAAAGUUUUAUUUUCAGAUGGUGAAUCUAACAGACAUAAAGCUGACGACCUGUUCUCACUUAAAAUCUAUUUUAUUACAUAAAAAUAAUAACAGA